AUGUCCCCCCCAAAAGUAGCAAUCAUCACCGGCGGGGCCUCGGGCUUCGGGCUGGCCGUCACGGAGGCGCUCCUGUCAAAGGGGUGGCGGGUCCACAUCCUGGACCUCAACGCCGACGCAGGCAGCGCGGUGGCCGCCCGCCUGCCCAACACGGUCUUCCACAGGGCCGACGUGACGUCGUGGGCGUCCCUGUCCUCGGCGUUCCACGAGACCUACACGCAGGAGGGGUCGAGGCUCGACUUCGUCUUCGCCAACGCGGGCAUCCUCGAGAAGGGCGACUUCUACGCGAGGCACGACGUCGCCGCCGCCGCCGGGCCCCCGCCCGAGCCCAGGGACAUGUCCGUCGAGAUCAACCUCAAGGGCGUCAUCGCGACGAGCUACCUGGCCCAGCACUACUUCCGCGCGAACCCGGCCGGCGGGAGGGGUGCCGUCCUGGUCGUGACGUCGAGCAUCGUGGGGCUGUAUAAACAGGAGUUCACGCCGUGGUAUGCGGCGGCAAAGGCGGGCGUGCUGAACUUCAUGCGUUCCAUCGCGCCCGUGCUGAGGAGGACAGACGGCAUCAGGACCGGCGCCGUCCUGCCGAGCAUCGUCAAGACGCCCCUGAUGGGGCCCGGGAUGUGGGAGACGUACCCGCAGCACCUGUUCACCCCGAUCGAGACGGUCGUCUCGGCCGUGGAGAUGUUGGUCAGUGGUGGGACGAUGCGUGACUCGACCGGCAAGGAGGUCGACACUGAGCAGGGUGCAGAUGGCGUGGCCGUGGAGGUCUUCAUGGACAAGAUGUUCUUCCGCGAGGAGCCGGAGCCUUGCAACGAUGAUAUGAAGGAGGUCCUCUACUCUCUCAGCUAUGACAGGAAGAUGGAGGCCAUGAAGGUGAGGGCCCAGGAAGACUAG